GGUAGCAGUGGUCAAGGUGGUCGUGGUGGCAAUGUUAACGCACUUGUAAUAUUGUCAACCGUCCCAUUGCUUUGAAAUGAGAUGGCACUGGAGACAACGUAAAGGGGUGUGGUGGUAGAUGUAUGAGUGGUACUAGUGCUGGUCGCAGUGGUGCUGGUCGCAGUGGUGCUGGUUACACUGGUACUGGUGGCACUCAAGCUGGUGGCGGUACCAGUACUCUGGGAGGUACUGGUCCCAGUGUGAGUGGAAAUGGUGGUACUGCUAGUCGCGCUGGUAGCAGUGGUCAAGGUGGAGGUGCUGGUCAUGGUGGCAGUGGUCAGGGGUAGUGGUGCUGGUUGCAGUGAUGCUUGUCAGGGUAGUGGUGCUAGUCAUCGUGGCAGUGGACAGGGUAGUGGUGCUGGUUGCAGUGAUGCUUGUCAGGGUAGUGGUGCUAGUCAUGGUGGCAGUGGUCAGGGUAGUGGUGCUGGUCGCAGUUAAGCUCGUCAGGGUAGUGGUGCUGGUCAUGGUAGCACUGGUCAAGGUGGAGGUGCUGGUCAUGGUAGCAGUGGUCAGGGUAGUGGUGCUGGUUGCAGUGAUGCUUGUCAGGGUAGUGGUGCUAGUCAUGGUGGCAGUGGUCAGGGUAGUGGUGCUGGUUGCAGUGAUGCUUGUCAGGGUAGUGGUGCUAGUCAUGGUGGCAGUGGUCAGGGUAGUGGUGCUGGUCGCAGUUAAGCUCGUCAGGGUAGUGGUGCUGGUCAUGGUAGCAGUGGUCAAGGUGGAGGUGCUGGUCAUGGUGGCAGUGGUCAGGGUAGUGGUGCUGGUUGCAGUGAUGCUUGUCAGUGUAGUGGUGCUGGUCAUGGUGGCAGUGGUCAGGGUAGUGGUGCUGGUUGCAGUGAUGCUUGUCAGGGUAGUGGUGCUAGUCAUGGUGGCAGUGGUCAGGGUAGUGGUGCUGGU